GCAGAGCGUAGUGUGGUGUUGGUGCUGGCUGAAGGGUGGAGACAGAGCGCAGCGACGGGGAGGGCGUACAUGUCAACUGGAUCGGCGGGAGGAAGCAGCCACAGCCGAGCGGCACAGAGGGAGCCACCGCACAGCACCGCGAGCAAGAGUGUGUGCGAGCGUGCCAACCAGCCCGCCUGCCUUCUAGUCCGUCUACUUGUGUGUGACAGUCAAUAGGCGUGUGGAUACAUUUACUCCACCAGCCUGGCUGUCUCUGGCGUCACCAGGGGAGAAAACACGCACCGCGCACACAACUGGAGUAGGGUGGAACCAGAUUUCUGACAGAACUGCGGGCCAGGAAGAUACCAGGGCAGAGUGUGGCAGAGUGAGCUGACAAGAGACAGCAGGCACAAGGGGGAGCUGAGAAGCAGCAUCAUGGCAUCCAAUAACACAGCAAGCAUUGCCCAGGCCAGGAAACUGGUUGAGCAGCUGAAGAUGGAGGCCAACAUUGACAGGAUAAAGGUGUCCAAAGCAGCGGCAGACUUGAUGUCGUACUGCGAAGCCCAUGCCAAAGAGGACCCGCUCCUGUCGCCGGUGCCUGCUUCUGAAAACCCGUUCAGGGAGAAGAAGUUCUUUUGUGCCAUCCUGUAAACGGGCCGUGGUUUAUUUGGUCUACUCACCUUGGGACACGAACGAGGGCGUUCAAUAUGUAGACAUCUUCUAACAGGAGGGCACGGUGAAGUACUAGUGCUCCUAUCUCUCGAAUGGCACCCAAAGAGUGCAAUUAAAAACCACAGAGUAACACGUAACCAUUUACCGCGGUUAAGGGGUGUGCAGCAUGUUUGAUGGAUCGAUCUGUGUAGUCAGAUGACAGCAGGAGAUAGUUUGGCUGUCCACCCAGAAACAUGACGGACAACCAAUCAACCGAGCUUUCAGGUUGUGUUGUGUUUAAAAAAAAAAGAAGGAAAAAAAACAAACAAAAAAAAUAUAUUUUGUGGUUCUUUUUCAGAACUUGAAAUCCAAGUGUUAUAUUCAAUGGUUUGUGGUGGAUUAGUUUGAGUAGGUGGGUCAGCUAAUUGGGCUGCUCACCACUGAGUUACUACCGCCUGUUUAUCAAACUGUUUUUAUUUUGUUGUUGUUGUUAAUUUUAAAUUCUACGGUUCAUUGGUUUGACUAUAUCACUUAGAUACAUUUAUUAUUGUAUGUGAUAAUGGAAACAGCUGUUUUAACUUUUUCUUUCUCUUUUUUUUUUUUACAUCAUUAGAGUUGGUGAAAGCUUUUUUAAUAGAAAGUUUGGACGUUCAAUUCAGUGAUAUUCUUAACCGACAUGUUUCUUUAAACUACUUCUGAGAUAAAAAUGUUUCAGUAUAGAAAUAUAUCUGGCAAUGUGAUACAGUAUAUGUUUCCUUCAGAUACACGCUCUCUUUCUACUAUUUGUAUAAAAAUGCUAGCAAGUAAACUGUGUUGUGCUGUGCAUUCUGAAUGGUUGUGUUGAUAUCAUUAAUAAUUGCAUGAAGUGAACAAAACUAUUAUUUUUUCCUUUUCUUUUGAUGUGGAGAUUGUACAAGGCAGCCUCCAUCUGGCAGUGCCAAAUGUAUUAAAUGGAUACUAACAACUCAACCUGGACUCCAUAAAGGCAUAUGUCAUAUGAAAAACUAAA